GGCGGCGAUUCGUAUCGCCCAAAUGUCCCCCAGGGCGACUUUACGUUUCGCGUACAGAAGCCAGCUGGCAUUGCCAACUCCGCACCUGCCGGCCAGCCGCCGUACCCACGGGGCCAAAGGCGAGACGGACGAGGCGGCAGGGGAGAUGGCGGCUUCCGAAGGGGGGGCAGGCCGCGCUGGCAGCCACCGCCCCAUCACUCGGAGCGCGCCCUGAUAGCCGGCAAUGCCACUAACCUGCCGGAAGAGAGCCUGUACAACGGCGAGGGUGCCAAGUACCGCGACCUGGACGAGCUGUCGGACGACGACGAGCGGGAGAUGGACAUUUCGUCAUCGUCGGAGACGGAAGAACCCGCGAAAAAGAGGACGCGCACCGCUGCGGCCACCGACGAGUCUGGCGACGCAGCUCCCAAGUGGUCCAACCCAGACCCGUACACGGCGCUUCCCUGCCCGGACGAGACCACCCGCAAGAAGCGCGACGUGGUGAAGCUCAUCCGCAAGGCUAGGCUGGAAGACAACGCAGCCAAGCCGGCCGCGCCCACGGAGGCUGAGGAUUUCCUCUCUUUUGACUUUAGCGACGACGAAGACGCCCAGAGCCAGCAGGGAAAGGACGAGAACAAGGCUGCUGCGGCGCCGCAGCCACCACCCCCGCCGCCUGAUAAAGUUGAGCUUGCCAGUAAAGUUUUGGGCAAACUACCACCACUGCCGCCGCCUCCCCCAACAUCUGCCUCUGCCUCUGCCUCUGCCUCUGCAUCGAACAGCAGACCUUGGGCUGCAGGUAUUAAUACGCACUCUCUACCGCCCAAGCCCGCCGCACCCCAAGGCUCUCAGGACGCUCGCGAUACUUCUGGUCCCCUAGGCUCCCGCAAGCGAACUUUUGACGACGAAAUCAUCGAACCGCCCGACUACAAGCUGAACAAGGGCAACAUGGGGCCGUCGAGAGGGCACAUCGUCCCCGAGUGGGAAGUCAAGGACGGCGAGGAGCCCUGCCCAUGGGCCACCACCGACCAUUCUGCGACCACGGAUAUGGCUUUUCGGUUGCACAAGGAGAUUGUUGACUUCUACGAGUUUGUCAAGCCCCGUGACUUUGAGGAGAAGAUCCGCGGCAAGCUGGUGGAAAACCUGCGACUGGCCUUGAAGAGGGAUGGUCGAAACUUUGCCAACGCCCAGCUUUUCCCGUUUGGCUCUUUUGUCUCCGGCCUCUAUCUGCCAACCGCCGACAUGGACGUGGUGGUAUGCUCGGAGAGCUUCAUGAAGGGCGGCGAUGCCACGUACCUCAGCGCCAAGAACUGGCUGUACAAGUUUCGCAAGCUCCUCACGUCUCAGCGCAUCGCCAAUUUCGAUUCGAUCGAGGUUAUUGCCCACGCCCGAAUCCCACUGGUCAAGUACGUCGACAAGGCUACGGGGCUGCGAGUGGACGUGUCCUUUGAGAACCUUGGCGGAGUCAGGGCGGUUGAGACGUUCCAGCGCUGGAAGAAGGAAUACCCAGCAAUGCCUGCGCUCGUCACCGUCAUCAAGCAUUACCUGCUCAUGCGCGGUCUGAACGAGCCCGUCAACGGAGGCUUGGGCGGCUUCACCGUCAUCUGCCUAGUCGUCAGCAUGCUUCAGCUCAUGCCCGAGGUUCAGAGCGGUUCACUCGUCCCGGAGCACCAUCUUGGCGAGAUGCUCCUCGAGUUUCUCAGGCUGUACGGCCGCGACUUUAGCUACAGGACGAAUGCAAUUUCCCUUGUCAACCCCGUUGGCUACAUCCCCAAGAACUCGGUAGAGUCUUUUGUCUACAGAAACAAGGAACGCCUCUCCAUCAUCGAUCCCAACAACCCUACAAACGAUAUUGCCGGCUCUUCGUCCAAUAUGGCGGUCGUCCAGCGUUCCUUCGACAAGGCAUUCGAAAAUUUGAAGUCUCGGAUGUAUCAGGUUGCCAAGGAUCCUUCGUGCGGCAACAUUCUAGAGGGACUUUUCGCAGGCGACUACUCUUCGUUCAGAAAGCAACGAGCCUAUCUCCAACUCAUUCAUGAGCGGCAAACCCGAGGUCGCCGCCGCUAG